UUGCCAGUGGAUGGAGGAGCAAGAAAACUAGAGGGAGAUGUCGUGUCUAAGAACCGUCGUCUAUCUCCACUACUCUCCCUCAUCCUCAAAGCCCUCUUCUCCUCUUCCCUUCGUUCCCUAUUCUCAUCUCCCCGUCGCCCCGCCCCGCCGCGACGCUAUCGUUCUCUUCCUCCACCUCCGCCGCCGCUUCCAUGGCCGCCGCCGCCACUAUCGAGCACGUCGUCCUCUUCAAGGUCCGCGACUCCACUGACCCGUCCAAGGUCGACGCCAUGGUCUCCAACCUGCGAUCCCUCGCCUCCCUCGACGUCGUCGCGCACCUCGCCGCCGGCCCCGUGCUCCCGCGCCCCCACCGAUCCGCCACCGGGUUCACGCACCUCCUCCACAGUCGCUACCGCUCCAAGGCCGACCUUGCUGCCUACUCUACCCACCCAACCCAUGCGGCCGUCGUCGAGGAGAACGUCCUCCCCGUUUGCGAGGAUAUCAUGGCCAUGGACUGGGUCGCCGACCUUGACAGCCCGACGGCGGCGCCCCCUGGGUCGGCGAUGCGGCUGACCCUCGCGAAGCCGAAAGAGGGGGCCACGGCGGAGCUAACGGCGACGCUGGCGCAGGUUAAGUUGUCGGCGCCGGCGGCGGUGACGCAGGUGAGCUACGGAGAGAAUUUCUCACCGGCUAGGGCGAAGGGAUACGGCGUGGGACUUCUGGCGGUGUUUCGCGACCUGGAGGAGCUUGAGGCGAUGGAUGCGGGAGAGAAGGACUUGGUGGAGUCGGUGAAGGAGAAGGUGCGGCCGCUUCUGGAGAGUUUCAUUGUUGUUGAUUUCGAGGUGCCACCACCGCCUGCUGCUACCCUUUGAUGGUUCUUCUUCCAAAGAGGUUCUCCAUGGUCAUACCAGGCUUCAGGUGGACUGACUGUAUGUGGAUCAUAUGAUCAAUCCUUGAAUCAUGUGUCUGUGACAAGCCAAACAAUGCUGCAAGUCCAAGAUGGUGAACAAAGUAUCAUUAAUAAGCUAUUUUGAUUUCUUUGCCCAUCUAUUGAGGUGAAUGAAUUAAGUGGAUACAUAAAAACACAAAAAAGUGGUGUCUUAUGCACACUUGUUAGUGCAGGCAAGCUUUUGUAACAUAUCAUGGUAUAUACAAAAGCUUACAUGCUGAAUUUUUCAUUUA